AGAGGAUUUUUAUAUAAAAAUGCAUUUUUGACAAUUUUUCGCUGCUAAGGUUUCUUGCAGCGCAAACCAGCUUUCGCGAGCUCUCUCUUUACAAGCCAAGGACGCUCGCUCGCCCGCCUGCCGAGGAAACCCUAGUCCUAGUUUUGAUCGAAGAUAUCGCACGAUGAGUCGCGGAACUGGAGCCGGCUACGAUCGCCACAUCACUAUCUUCUCUCCCGAGGGCCGCCUCUACCAAGUUGAGUAUGCGUUUAAAGCCGUGAAGGCCGCUGGGAUCACGUCGAUUGGAGUCCGAGGGAAGGAUUCUGUGUGCGUUGUCACUCAGAAGAAGGUCCCGGACAAGCUGUUGGAUCAGACGAGCGUCACACACCUCUUUCCACUCACAAAGUACCUUGGACUGUUGGCGACUGGGAUGACAGCUGAUGCAAGGUCUUUGGUCCAUCAAGCAAGGAAUGAAGCAGCUGAGUUUCGUUUCAAAUGGGGAUAUGAGAUGCCUGUGGAUGUAUUAGCCAAAUGGAUAGCCGACAAAUCUCAAAUAUAUACCCAGCAUGCCUAUAUGAGACCUCUUGGAGUAGCUGCUAUGAUCUUGGGUAUUGAUGAAGAGAAAGGACCUCAACUCUUCAAAUGUGACCCUGCUGGACAUUUCUUUGGACACAAGGCUACAAGUGCUGGCCUGAAAGAGCAAGAAGCAAUCAACUUUUUGGAGAAGAAAAUGAAGAAUGAUCCUGCAUUCUCAUAUGAGGAGACUGUGCAGACUGCAAUAUCUGCUCUGCAAUCAGUUCUGCAGGAGGAUUUCAAGGCUACUGAAAUUGAGGUUGGAGUUGUGAAGACAGAUGAUCCAGUUUUUAGGGGGUUAUCUACAGAGGAGAUUGAUGAACACCUGACAGCAAUCAGCGAACGAGAUUGAGUAUGGCAGACUUCAGGCUAGCUGCUUGAUUCUGGUUUCUGUAGCUUCAGAGGACCUCCUUCUUUAUCUUUUGGUCACAACUGUGUUCGAGAUUAUGGUAUGAAGAUAACAGCGACCUUUUUCACUAAAAUGUAAUAUUGAAUUGCAUGUUAGCGAACUGCCCAUAUUUGAUUCAAAUCCAUGCAUUCUAUUUAAAGUGCUUUGAUAUCAAUUAGCCU